UGUGUGUGCGUGUGUGCGUGUGUGCGUGUGUGCGUGUGUGCGUGUGUGUGUGUGUGUGUGUGUGUGACUUUGUGUUUAAACCGGCAGAGGAUGAGUUUCCUUCAGGGAUUUAUUUAAAAACUCCAGUUAACGCCCCAGAUUCCUAGAGACAGACAGACACACACACACACACACACACACACACAACCAGGGGAGGAGACAGUUUGUCCCCCGUCCGUCUCGGUGUUGACGAGUCUGAGGAGGUCGUUUCCUGUUGUCCAGUGAGAACCAAACGAACCCGUCACAGUUUCCCUGCAGAUCAGUUUUGACAGUUUGACUCACUUUGCUCCAUUUUUACACAGACAUUGUUUUACCACAGAAGAAGAAACUCUUCUUCUGUGUCGCCUGGAGUCUGUCAGUUGAACUUGAAGAUUUACGGUUGUUUUCAUAGUUCUCUUCACAGUUUAUACUUUAUUUACUCUUCACUGCACAUAGAUGGAAACAGCUGCUUCACAUUCAAGUUCAUUUCCGUCUCCUCACGAUGGACGAGCUCGUUCAGGGGGAAACGAGAGAUUCUGAGGAUGAAGCUGUAGUUUGAGUCUGUGAGCGUCUGAUUAUCAGAGGGUCAGUGUGUGUCCUGUGUACACGGAGCCAUGUGCAGCUUCUAGUUUAGUUUGCUUUUUGUUGAAGUUUCCUCAGGAACAGAAUCCUUCAGCUCCACAUGAUCUUCAGUAUCAGGACUUUGUCUGCAGCGCUCAGUGUGACCAGUGGGUUCGUCCUAUCGCCCGCUCUCCCUCCACGCCGUCACAGAUGGCAGCCAUGUUGACGUUGUGUCUCCUGCUGUGUCUUCAGCCGGCGGACUCCAGCGCGGCUGCAGGUUCGAGACCGAGGAGUCAGACCGGCCCCCGGCUGCAGCUCUCGCACUCAGAGUUGAGGAACAGCUCGGGCGUCUUCUGGACGGGUGGAGUCAGCGGCGGCUACGAGUCGAUGCUGCUGGACGAGGAUCACGGUUGGCUGCUGGUCGGAGGCAAAGACCACAUCUACCUGCUGAGGCCCGACCGCCUGGACCUGCCCUCACGUUCGGUUUACUGGCCGGCUGCCUCAGAACAUGUGGAGCACUGCAGGCUGGCAGGAAAGAGUCUGGAGACGGACUGUGCCAACUUUGUCCGGCUGCUGCAGCCGUUCAACAAGACUCAUGUGUACGCCUGUGGCACCGGAGCCUUCCAGCCACAGUGCACCUACCUGCACCUGGGACCCAGCACAGAGGAGCCGUUGUUCAUGUUGUCUCACGCGGUCGAGUCAGGACGAGGAAAAUGUCCCUUCAGUCCCAGAGAGCCGUUCACAGCCAGACUGACUGAUGGUGAACUGUACGCUGGGACCUCGGUCGACUUCAUGGGAGCAAAUGCUGCGAUCUUCCGCACGACGAUCCAGGGCAGCAGUCAACACUACAUCCGCACCGAAGCCUACGACCACAACUGGCUGAACGAGCCAGAGUUCAUCGCCUCCUUCUCCAUCCCGGACACUCACAGUCCCGACGACGACAAGGUGUACUUCUUCUUCAAGGAGAAGGCGGUGGAGGCGGGCCAGUGGGACAAGAGGGUUUAUAGUCGUGUGGCUCGAGUCUGCAAGAACGACGUCGGAGGGAGGAGGAGUCUGAUCAACCGCUGGACGACCUUCCUCAAAGCCCGACUCGUCUGUUCUGUCCCCGGACCGUCCGGGGUGGACACGCACUUCGAUGAGCUGGAGGACAUUUUUGUUCUGGAAACCAAAGACCCUCAAAAUCCAACCAUCUACGGCGUCUUCAGCACGUCCAGUUCUGUAUUUCGUGGUUCGGCCGUGUGUGUCUACUCCAUGGCGUCGAUCCGUGCAGCUUUCAACGGACCGUUUGCCCAUAAAGAAGGUCCCGACUAUCGCUGGGUGGAGUUCAAAGGUCACAUCCCAUAUCCCAGACCUGGAGCUUGUCCCAGUGAGACCUACGACGCCCUCCACAAAUCCACCAAGGACUUCCCAGACGAGGUGGUGAGCUUCAUGCGGCAGCAUCAGCUGAUGUGGGAGCCGGUCCCGCCCCUCGGAGGCCGACCAAUCAUAACCCGGGUCAACGCGCCCUGCAUGUUCAAGAGAGUGGUGGUGGACAGGGUGGAGGCCGAGGACGGACCUUACGACGUCUUACACCUGGGAACAGAUGAUGGGAAGGUGGUGAAGGUGGUGUCGGUCACCACAGACUCCUGGGACCCAGAGGAGAUCAUUCUGGAGGAGCUGAGCGUCUUCAAGAGUCCGACUCCCGUCCUGAGCAUGGAGCUGUCCACCAAGAGGCAGCAGCUGUACGUGUCCAGCGAGCUCGGCGUGGCCCAGCUGGGGCUCCAGAGGUGCGAGCUGUACGGGACGGACUGUGCUGAGUGUUGUCUGGCCAGGGACCCCUACUGCUCCUGGGAUGGACAGACCUGCUCCAGGUUCUUCCCCAGCAGCAAGAGGAGGGCUCGGAGACAGGAUGUGAAGUAUGGAGACCCCUGGAGUCAGUGCCCAGUCACAGAGGACGACUCUGCCUCUGUGGAGGAGAAGUCUCUGUACGGCGUAGAAGGAAACUCCACCUUCCUGGAGUGCGUUCCUCGGUCGCCUCAGGCCGAGCUCCGGUGGACGAGCAGCUCGAAGACAACUGAGGACAGACGUCCUCUCAGCGAUGACCCCCGCUCUCUCCACAUGAAGCGUGGGUUGCUGGUUCAACGCCUAGAGCUGGCUGACGCAGGCCUCUACACCUGCACCAGCCACGAGCACUCCUACAGCCAGGUCCUGGCCCGAUACCGCCUUCACAUCAUCCCCAACCACAGCCUCCACCCGGCUGCCCCACACCAGCAGAGCCAGGGCCCCAGCCACGGGAAGGCUGGCCCGGCGGGGGGGGCCCUACCCGUGUUCCCGGGCCCUCCCCCCCCGGCGUCUCUGCCGGGACUCAGGAACUCGUGGCUGCCGCAGCACCGGAGCUACAAGGACCUGCACAUGGUGGGGAGCAACAGUCUGAGCGUGGACGAGUACUGUGAGCAGCUGUGGUACCGAGAGAAGCGCCGGCAGCAGAAGCUCCGCACUCUGAAGCUGAAACAGGAGAGCAGGAAAGCUCGGGUGAGGAGGAACAACCCCCCCGAGCCUCCUCUCUAGUCGGCUGCAGGACAGAGACUCAGGACAACAGCUCCUGUGAACUCAGAGGACAACAACGCUUUGUUUUGGAGCAAAAUGCAUUAAAGACUGAGUGUAAUAUAAAAAAGAGAGUAGUAUAUACUUAACCUGAAUAUUAGACACCGUGGAAAUAGCAGUGUAGGAAACGUGACUUGUCUCUGAGCUGGUGUUACCAGCAGCGUUCACUGUGGUUUGGAACCAACAGCAGCUGGAACCUGUGGUUCUCUAAGUUCAGAGCAGCAGGACGUCCUCAGGCGUCUGAAUCACAGACUGGAAAUAAAGUUUUGCAAAGCGUCUCCACUUCUCCCUCGAUCCAGAAAUCAAGUCCAAACAUCUCACGUACGAACACUUCCACCUCACGAUGAUGACCUCAUUCAGAGUUCCAGUCUGAUCGGGGGAUGGAGCCGUGGUAUCCAGGUCGAACCCGUACACAGGCUCGACCAAUCAGGAGUCAGUGUCAGCUGUCAAUCAUCACGUCUCAGCCUGUUUUUUUUUGACACUUUAAAAGACAAACUCUGUGUCAGAUAUGAUAUUUAUAUUAUAUUAAAAUCAUCAUGAUCUACAUGUAUUUAUGUGUUGCUGAUCUACACUGAUGAGAUCUAGACCUCAUACUUAUUACAAUGGGUGGAUUAAAGGCCUGAGUGGAGACGCACACAUGAAAUGGACCUUGCUUGAAAAUACCUGGUAUGUGCAUCUUAUCAGUUCUGCCAUGUAACUAAUAAUUAUUAUUCAUGACGAUGUAUAUUAAAGAACUUUAUUUUCUAUGGUUUUCUUCCUUCAUGUGUUAGAGUUUAGUAUUUUGUGUUUAUACUUAAACAAACGUGUGUUUUUCUUUGAAUCAAAUAAAAACUGUUUUUUAACGUCACUAUUCUCCAAUAAACUUUGAGAUCAACUUGUUUUAUACUGUAUGUGAAUAAAACACUAAAUCACAACUUACGUGUCAAAUAAAUCCAAUGAAAAGAUGA